AUGAUUCGGAAAAACUACCAUUUUGACUGCCAGUACCAUAGCUGCAGAAAACCGACAACUGGGAAUUCAACGCUGAUGCAAUGUGGCUACAACCCGAAUAGUUGCAUUGUAGAGAAAUCGGUAUGCGAUGGUUACAUAGACUGUAAUGAUGGGUCGGAUGAGAGUAAUGCUACAUGCAACCUUGAAUUAGCUUGCGAUGAUCACCCCGAACCAGUCUGCCUGAACGGUGGAACAUGUCGGUCUAUCGUUGGGUCUGCAACCAGACUUCCUCAUCACGAGUGCGACUGCAUUGCUCCAUUCACCGGUGCAGAGUGUGCGGACAUUUCGACGACUGUUUCAUCUCCUACGACUGAGUCAUCAGUUUAUACUUCAACAGCCGUAGAAGGAACGCCAACUGUUGCUGGCUCGACACCUGAAGGGAUUACUAGCCAAAUAAGUACAUUACAACAAACGGAAUCAACAUUGUUACAAACAGAACUCAGCACCCUUUCGAGCAUUGACUCAUCGCCAGUGACAAGCAGUCAAACUCUACCUCAAAAGCAACAAACUGAUGAGCUAAGCACCACAUCACAGUCCUCUAUCAUGACAACAGCAUCUUCACAAACAACAAUAGCUCCAACAGACGUAUCUUACACAACCGAAGAGAGCAACACAACAACAUCUUCACAAACAACAAUAGCUCCCACAGAAGUAUCUAAUAAAACCGAAGAGAGCAACAACACAACAACAUCUUCACAAACAACAAUAGCUCCGAAUUCAACGGAAGUUUCUUCUAAAACCGAAGCGAAAACUACACUCCCAGUUCAUCCUCAGCCGCCUCCUAAACUAACAACAAGACCGGCGAAAAACAUUCACACCUCAACUACAGUAACACCAAAUCCAAAGUUGCCAAAUGAUGCGUCAUCAGAUUUUAAAACUACAAUCAUACUUGUUGUUGUCUUUGGGUUGAUCGUUCUCAUACCAGCCGCCAUUUUUAUUCAUUGCCGGAUGAAAAGGAAAUCUCAAGUUAAUUUUGGUCAGAUAGCCAAGAAAGAUGACAAGGAGACAUUGACACAAAACAAUAAAACGGAUCUUAACAACAAAACACCGGAAGUGACAAAACCAAAGCCCAACCAUCAGCGGAACGUCAGCAUUUCUUCCAUUAAGAUGAAAGAGCAUUCGAAUUUAUUGGGAAACGAACUGCCAUUGGACGUCAACAUGAACAGGCCCCAGCAAGCACCCCCUGCUAUACGUGUGACGUAUGCUCCUGACGUCGACAGCGAUCCACCAAUAGGAUCACGUUCGUCUUACACCAAUACCGACAUGAUGGAUCAACCACAUUACCCAGAAACUCAGAUGUGGGUACCAGGAGAUGGGCCUGAAGAUACCCCGUACUUUGUAACUGGCAAUGGUCCACUCCCGGUCUCCUUAGUCUAGAGAAACAAUGUUCAAAUAAAAACAUUUUUUUAACCUCCAGUAUUAUUUGUACAAUACACCUACCCGAUAUGGGGCGAGAGGGUGGUAUCCCCCACAUAAUGUUCCCCACGUUCACACACUAGCCUAGGCCUCGCAGUGCUAAUUUUGCAUCCCUGUGGAGACACCUUUUGUUACUGUCUUUGUCAUAAGGGACCGCCCAUUAUAGACAUCAACACAAAAUUCCUUGCGGUGGAGUAACCCAAUCUUCAGAAUUCCCCCUAUGAAGACCCUUGUUUUCCAUUUUCUGUCUCCAGAAGGUAAUGUGAAUAUGAAAUCCAAAAACUCCAAGCACACGAUGAACGCACAAGGAGAAGCCUAAUACACCCUGCCCCAUAUCGAGUCUGUAAAACUUGUCAUAAAUAUCUUUUUAAAAAAAAUGCAAUAAUCUUAAUAAAAUGUUUAUAGGCUUCAUACAGGCCUUAUUUAUAAUAAUUUAUAAUUUUUGAUAGUAAUAUAUAUUUAUAUUAAACGGGUGGAAGGAAUUCAUUUUCGUUUCGUAACAAUCUACAUGCAAUUUGUUACUAUUUUUCUCUUGAUUAUAAUAUUAUACAAAUAUUGAAAGCAUAAUUAAUAGUCACAGACAGAAUCAAGAGGUGAAAUCUGGACUAUUCAAUUUUACUCGGCGACGAUUGAAAUGGAAUAGUCCAUGUUCACCGAGUGGUUGUUUUGCGGAAAAUGCACGAGAAAGAAAUGCAUUAAAUUGUUUUAUCGCGCACAGUCAAUGUAGAUUCAAAUUUUUCUCCAAGCAGCAAAAACCCGGAAACUCUCCCACACUCACUCUAAGAACACCCGAUUUACACCAAACAUUUACCCAUGUCCGCAUUGACAAGACUUUGCAACAUUUAGCCAAGCGGUCGGAAACAUUUAUUUUGUCCAAUAAAAAUGAUAAAUACUGGAUGGGCACAUGUCCAAUAUUAAGUUUGGAUUGCCGCGGCAGUUAUGGCAAAAUAAUGGAUGACGUUCACGUGACGCGUGUUUAACCAAUUAACUGCCAAGGAUAUGUGUGUCUUUAUGAAAUAGGUUUAUUUCCAUACACCACUGAUUUUAGCUGCACCAAAAUAAAGCCGUCGAUCUCACCAAACUCUUCCUAACUCAGGAUUAAUCUUUAGGACGAGUUCAGUUCCCCUAUCCGAAGACGUUAGGACGCACUGAACCCAUCCGAUGUAAGGACGGUGAGGCGGUUUCAGUCUUCCGCCGUGUUCAGUUUUCCGGGACUCAGUAUACGGCACUAACAAUAUUGACUACUUUCGCUUGCUGUGCGCAU